GCUCGAAACUCCGAACGUAAUAUAUAAGAGAAAUAUUCUACACUUCCUCGAGGAGAAACUUAAUAUCAUUAAACUUCACCCAAUUUGGCCUCUUCUUUUGCAUAUACAAAUAACUUUUAUUUAUUAAAUUAAUCAACGUCAACCUUAUCCCUCUUUAUCUUUAUGUUUAUAAUUAGCUCCAUUUCAGAAUAUUUGUUGCUGCUUGUUAUCGUAAUAUUUGAAAAAUGGAGAGUAUUCACAGGCUUAUUUCACUGGCCCUAAUAGGGACACUUUGCAUUACUAAUCUGGCAAUUGUCCAAGGCCAACAAGGAUUCAUCAGCUUAGAUUGUGGAAUGCCUGAUAAGGAGUCUACUUAUAUCGAAGAGUCCACCGGUUUAAAUUUCUCAACCGACGCUGAUUUCAUUCUCAGCGGAAAAAGAGGUCGAAUCAAGACCGAGGAUCCUGGUUCUGGCAUGGCAUACAUCAAGCCAUAUAAGACCGUAAGGUAUUUUCCGGAAGGAACACGAAACUGCUAUAAACUGAUUGUCAUGCAGGGCACACAUUAUCUUAUCAGAGCUGUGUUCGUAUAUGGAAAUUAUGAUGAUCUUAAACAAGGGCCAAAAUUUGAUCUUUAUCUUGGACCCAACUUCUGGACAACUAUAAAUUUGCAAGACAAGGAGAUAAUUCACAUGCCAAGGUCAAACUCUUUGGACAUUUGUCUCGUUAAGACAGGAGCAACAACGCCAUUAAUAUCAUCCUUGGAACUACGUCCCCUCAAAGAUGACUCCUAUACUACUAAAACCGGUUCCCUGAAGCUAUUCUCCCGCUGGUCUUUUAGCGACUCUGAAUCAAUCGUACGGUUUCCUGAUGAUGUCCAUGAUCGUGUCUGGAGCACAUACUUUUUGGAUGGUGAAUGGACGGAAAUAAGCACCACUACCCCUGUCGAUAAUACGAAUGCCUUCGAUGUGCCACAAGCUAUAGUUUCAAAGGCGUCCACACCCAUAUCCCACGGACCAACCAAUACCAUUGGCAGUGCCGGCGCCGAAGGUAGGGCAAAGAGUGCAAUGUCUUUGAGCCUACUAACCACUAAUUUGUUAUGUAAACAAAAUCCCAUACUAGGUUCAGGUAGGUUAUGGAGCAGAAACUGGACGAUGGAACCACGGGAAGAUAUUCACUUAUACCUUCACUUCGCGGAGAUCCAAGACCUAAUUGCGGGUCCCAGAGAGUUUAGUAUUUCGUGGAAUGGAAACGUUAUUGAUGAUGAAUACAGCCCUCCAGAGUUCGUGGUUGAAACUGUACCUAUCAGAAUUUCAUCAACAUGCGACGAUAAUUGCUACGUAAAGCUUCGAAGUACUAACUGGUCAAAUUUUCCACCAUCUAUGAAUGCCAUGGAGGUUUUCUGGGUACUCCAGCUUCCUCAGCCAGAAACAGAUGAAAACGACGUCACCGCAUUCAAGAAAAUUCAAGCCACUUAUGGUAUACAGAAAAUGAGCUGGCAAGGAGAUCCAUGUGUACCGACACAGUAUAUGUGGACUGGUUUAAACUGCAGCAACACGUUCCCAUCUAUUCCACCAAGAAUCAUUUUCCUAGACUUCUCCUUUUAUGGAUUAAACGGGACCAUAACAAGUGACAUACAAUAUCUUAGCCAGCUACAAAAGUUAGAUCUGUCAAAUAACAAUUUGACAGGAAAAAUCCCUGAUUUUCUCGCCAAAAUGAAGUUCUUGACGGUUAUAAACUUGAGUGGGAAUAAUCUUAGCGGCUCAGUUCCUCAAACCCUACUUAACAUGGAAAAGAAUGGGCUAAUAACUCUGAUACUUCAAGGAAAUCAAAACCUUUGUCUGGGCUGCGUAAGUGAUGGAGAUAAAGAAAGUGAUGGAGAUAACAAAAAGAAAUUGCUAGUUCCCAUUCUUGCAUCAGCUGCUCUUAUGGGUAUUAUCACAGCUGUGAUAUCUCUCAUUAUUUUGUUCUACAAAAAGAAGAGGUCGUCAAAAGGUCUUAUACGUCCAUCAAUUGUGGCCAACAAGAAAAGCUUUACAUACGAAGAGGUUAAGGUCAUAACAAAUAACUUUGAGAGAACUCUUGGUGAAGGAGGGUUUGGAGUCGUGUACCACGGUAACUUAAAUGGUAACGAAGAAGUGGCUGUUAAAGUGCUAUCUCAGUCCUCAGCUCAAGGAUAUAAGCAAUUUAAGGCUGAGGUAGACCUUCUUCUGAGAGUACACCACAUAAAUUUGGUAAGCCUUGUAGGACAUUGUGAGGAAGGACAACACUUGGUCCUCAUCUAUGAGUAUAUGUCCAAUGGAAACUUAAAACAGCAUUUAUCCGGAGAAUGUGCUAGCUCCCCUUUAAAUUGGGAAAAUAGGCUAAGAAUUGCUGCAGAGACAGCGCAAGGACUGGAGUACUUACACAUCGGCUGCAAACCACCAAUGAUUCAUAGAGAUAUCAAGUCUACAAAUAUACUUCUUGAUAAGCAUUUUCAAGCUAAACUUGGCGAUUUUGGGCUUUCAAGAUCUUUUCCAGUGGGAAAUGAAACUCAUGUGUCAACAAAUGUUGCUGGAUCGCCAGGUUAUAUUGACCCUGAAUAUUACCGAACAAACUGGUUGACAGAGAAGAGUGAUGUCUUCAGUUUUGGAGUCGUAUUACUGGAAAUCAUCACUAGCCAGCCUAGGCCAGUGAUUGACCAAUCUCGUGAAAAGUCUCACAUAGGAGAAUGGGUUGGAUUUAAGUUAACCAAUGGAGAUAUCGAAAGCAUUGUGGAUCCUAGUCUCAUUGGGAAUUAUGACUCUAGUUCACUGUGGAAGGCUCUUGAGCUAGCAAUGUUGUGCAAUAGUCCAUCUUCGUCUGGAAGACCAAACAUGUCCCAGGUUGCUAAUGAACUACAGGAGUGUCUUUUAUCAGAGAACUUAAGGAAAAGGGGGAAACAUGACUUGGACUCCAAAAGUUCUGUUGAACUGAGCACAAGCUUUGGUCCUGAACGUACUCCUGAUGCACGCUAGUUCAUGCCAAGUAUCCCAAUAUGUGUUUGAGUAACAAAAGAAUCUCUUUUGAAUUUUUUUUUCACUCCACCUUUCCGAUUUGCGUUAAUCUAUCAAAUGCGAAAAGACUUUUUUUUUGUUUUUGUUUUAAA